AUGGUCCUCUCCUGCCGUGCGCACUUGGCCGCUAUCAAUCAAUCCUCACCGCCGCCAUGGUUUAGCCAAGCUGGAUCAGGACGAGGCCUGAGCACUGGCAUCGCACGUCCCCGCGCUGCCUCCGUCCGCCGGGGCCACCUCGCGCACCGCGCUGGCCGGCACCUGGUCGGAGCAGCGCGCCGUCUGGGGCGGCUGCCGAGCCGGCCGCGGCAGCCAGGGCCGCGCGAGCGCCAGAUGGGCCCCUCCGCCCAGCCCGCGUCGGCCGGCGCGUCGUCUACGUCGGUGCCGCCCGUGCAGCGCCUCCACUACCCGCGGCGGGAGUUCUCGCAGGACCCGCUGGGCAACCUCUGGGACGCGCUCGUGACGUUCGUGCUCUGGCACUACCUGCUGUGGGGCUUUGCCGGCGGCGUUGCCUCCCUGCUCGUCUACGUCUUCUGCGUCGGGCCGCGGUGGUCUGUGUCGUGGCUCCUCUUCCACGCCGCAGUCGCCGCGUACGUCGUUCAGCUCGUCGUCUGGCGGCCACAGAACCGCGCUGGCGUGCCGAGCUGGCUGUGGCACUCGUUCCGAUUCGCCUCCGUGUUCGAAAGCAGUCUCCGAUACGGGGACUGCACCUUUAUCCGCGAGAUGGACCCUGAGACAGAGGAGGCUGGCACCGGUGCCAGGUACCUUUUCGCGUGGGCGCCGCACGGCAUCAUGGGUGUUUGCCGGGGCGGCAGCGGCAGCGGAAAUUGGGCGAAGAUGUAUCCGGGCGUCUACGGCAUGUGGGGUAGCUUCGGGGCGGCCUUCUACUUGCCUGGGAUACGUGAGUUCAGCUUCCUGACUGGUUGCGUCGACGCGGGUCGCAAGACAUUGGCGAGGGUCGCGGACACGGAGUCGAUACACUUGAUCCCCGGUGGCAUUCGCGAGAUGCUGCUCACAGACCCCAACUCGAAGGUCACGCGCUUGUGCUUUCGUGACCGCUUCGGGUUCGUUAAGUUGGCGUGGGAGAAAGGCCUGAAGCUCGUGCCAGUGUUCUGUUUCGGCGAGAAGUUCUGCUACGACAAAGUGCUGAUCCGCCCGGCCUGGUUGCGCAAGAUUCUGCUGCGAAAUCAGCUCACAGGGACUGGUCUGGUGGGUCGAUUCGGAUGCACCUUCCUCCCAAAAAAUGACAAGAAGCUGGGUUGGGUUUUCGGGCGCUCGAUUGACCCCAAGAAGUUCGGGUCUUACGAACAAAUGCAUGCAUAUUUCUUGGAUGAGAUGGCGCGCCUCUUUGAGACAUACAAGGCAGAGUUUGACUAUGGGGUGGACGAAGUCUUGGAGAUCGUGAACACAGAUUUCACGGAGAAGCUGGACUAG